AUGACCGCGCAGGGUGUUGUGGUUUCUAGCUCCAAGUCACCUGUUGCUCUAGUACUUGAGGGCUCUAUCUCAACGGCUCCUAAUGUUAUACCUCCUACUUCUGUCUCAGUGACUGCACCUACUCCGGAGGAUCCUGCUGUGGCGAUCGUACCUACUCCUGCUCCUGGUGUAUGUGCACCUACUAUGGAGGAUGCUAUUGUGGCGAUCGCACCUACUCAUGCUCCUGCUCUCAGUGCACCUACUCUGAAGGAUCCUACUGUGGUGACCGCACCUACUCACGCUCCUGCUGUCAGUGCGCCUACUCUUGAGGAUCCUGUUAUGGCGACCGCAUCUACUUUCUCUGCGAGACCUUCGUCUCCUGACUUUGACACCCUUUCUACUUUUAAUAAGGUCGAGCAUGACUUCGGCUCUAGCUCUAGUUCUAGGUUCAAGGUUUAUCCUUCUACCGUCACAGCGAUGCCUCCUUCUUCUCCGACCCCGGAUGCCAAAGAUGUAGAUAUUUAG